UUUCCACUUAUUAAAAACCCCCAAAAUUGCCCCCUUCUUCUAAACAAAGAGUUUACUCUGUUUUUACUAUCAACUUUUUUAAAAACACCACCGGCGGCGACGACGGCGGCGGCGGUGGCUGUUCCGACGACCUGCACCGUCUCUUCGGCGGACUUCUCAUCUUCUUCCUGGAACUGUUUAAGAGAAAUCUAUUCUCAGUGUUCGUCACCGGAUCCUUUUUCUUAAUCUGAGAAUAAUCUUCGUUCUGCAACUCACUUUAACGGUGCUAUGCCUUUUUUCUCUUCAACAAUCUUCGUAAACUCCGGCGGUUUUUUGUUUGAUUGUGCUUCUUUUCUGGCUUUUGCUGCUGUAGAAUUUUGAAGUUUCUUCCAUUUCUAAACAUUCUCAAGAGUCCUUUUCGUUUUCUACUUCUGGCAUCUUGUUUGUAUGUAUGUGUAGAGGAAACGAGUAUGUAUGUGUAGAGGAAACUAGCUUAGUUUCGGUAAUUUUAUUCUUAGUCUGAGCCAUUUUGCGUCGUUUGUAAGAGAUUUUCUUCUUUCGAGGUCUCUGUGAUUGUGGUUUUUAGUUCGGUAGCAGUGUCUUUCUUGCUAUGGCUUCUUUGUGUUGGUUUUGUCUUCGAAGUUAGUGAACAAUGCCAGCGUUUUUGAAGAUGGAACGGCUGAUUGAGUUCUUCGUCUUGUUCGUUUUGGCUCCACUUUGUGCUCGAUGUGUAAACCUAUCUUUAAACGACGACGUUUUGGGCUUGAUAGUGUUUAAAGCUGCUGUUCAAGAUCCGAAGCUGAAGCUCGCGAGCUGGAACGAAGAUGACGAUAGUCCCUGCAAUUGGACUGGUGUUCAAUGCAGUCCUAGAUCCAACCGGGUCGUCGAGCUUAACCUUAAUGGGUUCUCUCUUUCGGGUCGGCUUGGCCGCGGGCUUUUUCAGUUGGAGUUUUUGCAGAGAUUGUCGCUUGCUAAGAACAAUCUUAGUGGGAAUAUAAGCCCUAAUUUCGCUCGAGUCGACAAUCUUCAGGUGAUUGAUUUGAGUGGGAAUAAUUUCUCCGGUACUGUUCCGGAUGAAUUUUUUCGUCAAUGUAGGUCUUUGAGAGUCAUUUCUUUGGCCAACAACAAAUUUUCUGGGAAUAUUCCUGAUAGUUUGAGCUUGUGUGGGAGUCUUAUUGCAGUUAACUUUUCCUCGAAUCAGUUUUCGGGUUCUUUGCCUUCUGGGAUUUGGUCUUUCAGUGGGCUUCGAUCUUUGGACUUGUCUGAUAAUUCUCUGGUGGGUGAAAUUCCGAAGGUAAUUGAGAAUUUGUAUAAUCUGCGGACUCUUGACUUGAGCAAGAAUCGAUUCUCUGGACGGAUUCCUGAUGGUAUUGGGAGCUGUUUGCUUCUGAGGUCCAUUGAUCUUAGUGAGAAUUCAUUCUCUGGGAAUCUUCCUCAGACCAUGCAGAAACUUGUUUUGUGUAGCAAUCUGAUUUUAAGCAGGAAUUUGUUUGAAGGAGAAGUUCCAGAGUGGAUAGGAGAAAUGAAAAGCCUUGAAACUCUGGACUUUUCAAGGAACAAUUUUACUGGUCGCAUUCCAACUUCAAUUGAGAAUCUUCAAUAUCUAGAAUUAUUGAAUCUCUCUUCAAAUGGCUUUACUGAUAGCUUUCCAGAAUCUGUGAUGAAGUGCCAAAGCCUUUUGGCAUUAGAUUUCAGCCACAAUUUGAUCAUAGGUAAUCUUCCUGCGAUCGGAAGUUUAAGCAAGCUGCAGUUUCUGAGCCUGUCUGGGAAUUCUUUUGUUGGUCCUAUUCCAGAAACUAUUGGAGAUUUGAAAGCUUUAAGCAUGCUUGAUUUGAGUGGAAAUCAGCUGAAUGAAACCAUUCCUGAUGCAAUUGGAGGAGCUGUGUCCCUAAUUGAGCUGAAGCUGGCUGGAAAUUUUCUAGGGGGUGAAAUUCCCUCUUCAGUUGGUCACUGUUCUUCCCUUACAACUCUGUUCAUAUCACACAAUAACUUAACUGGCCUGAUACCCGCAGCACUAGCUAAACUCUCUCAUCUCCAAAAUGUCGAUUUAUCCUUCAACAAUCUCAAUGGACCCCUUCCAAAGCAGUUGUCUAAUCUUCCAAACCUUCUUGUGUUCAAUAUUUCUCAUAACAACCUCAAGGGUGAGCUGCCUGGUGGUGGAUUCUUUAACACCAUCUCCCCUUCAUCCGUUGCUGGCAAUCCAUCCCUUUGUGGUUCUGUUGUUAAUAAAUCUUGCCCUUCUGUCCUUCCGAAACCUAUUGUUCUUAAUCCCAACUCCACUUCAGAUUCCAUUUCGAGCUCGCUGCCACCAAGCGAUAAUCACAGAAGAAAUAGAAAUAUCCUCAGCAUUUCUGCACUGGUUGCCAUUGGUGCUGCUGCUUUCAUUAUCAUUGGUGUAAUAUCGAUCACCAUCCUAAACCUACGCGUUCAAUCACCCACAUCUUUGUCUGCAGCUGCACUUGCGUUAUCUGUUGGGGACGAUUUCAGUAAUUCCUCCAGUCCUGAUGCGAAUUCUGGAAAGCUUGUGGUAUUAUCAGGAGAACUCGACUUUAGCACAGGAGCACACGCUCUGCUGAACAAGGAUUGUGAGCUUGGGCGUGGUGGAUUUGGAGCAGUUUACCAUACUAUUCUCCGGGAUGGACACUCGGUUGCAAUCAAGAAGCUUACAGUUUCUAGCCUUGUCAAGUCCCAAGAGGAUUUCGAGAGAGAAGUGAGGAAAUUUGGGAUGGUCAGGCACCAAAAUCUCGUGGCACUUGAAGGUUAUUAUUGGACUCCUUCACUACAACUCCUUAUAUAUGAAUUUGUCUCCGGAGGUAGCUUGUAUAGGUUGCUCCACGAAGCGUCAGGUGACAAUGUCCUUUCAUGGAAUGAGAGAUUCGACAUAAUUCUUGGGACAGCGAAAGGUCUUGCUCACUUACAUCAAUCAAACACAAUCCACUAUAACAUAAAAUCCAGCAACAUUCUUAUUGAUUGUAAUGGUCAACCGAAGGUGGGAGAUUAUGGUCUAGCUAGAUUGCUGCCAAUGUUAGACCGUUAUGUUUUAAGUAGCAAGAUCCAGAGCGCGCUCGGUUACAUGGCACCAGAGUUUGCUUGCAGGACAGUAAAGAUAACCGAAAAAUGUGAUGUAUAUGGCUUUGGGAUAUUGAUACUAGAGGUGGUUACAGGGAAGAAACCUGUCGAGUACAUGGAAGACGACGUUGCAGUCCUCUGCGACAUGGUCAGAGAAGCAGUUGAAGAAGGAAGAGCGGAAGAAUGCAUCGACAGGAAACUGAGAGGGAAUUUCCCUGUAGAAGAGGCCAUUCCCGUGUUAAAAUUAGGCUUGAUAUGCACCUCCCAUGUGCCAUCAAACCGACCCGACAUGAGAGAAAUGGUCAAGAUAUUGGAGAUGAUCAAAUGCCCAUCUGAAUUACAAGAGGAAUUGGGAUAAACUAAAAUGCCAAUAACACAAUUGCAGAUUAACCCGGGACGCCUGGAUUGUAUGGUGAACAAAAAAUCCAGUGUGCUUUAUCUGAUGAUGCCAAUGGACUCAAAAAACUGUUGAAGAGGAAGCUACCAUUGUUUUUGGCUUACUGUACUUUUUGCUUGUUUUCUUGUAAUAGAUUCACUUUCACCAAGCUUCCUAUUUUAGUUGUAUUUCUUCCAUUCACUUAAGGCCUAAUUAUUCAUCUGCAUUUUUGUAUGAUAAAAGCUGAGGCAACUUUAGCA